UACUAUUUUUAGUUGCUAUAGUGUAAGAUGGUAUACAGUUUUAAACUGUUAAGGUUCAAUUUCAAAAUCAUCGACUGAUUGUUCGACCCUGAUCUUGGCGAACGGCUGAUGGCUUGAAAGGUAGUAUGAACCCCCAUCCUGCCCACAACUCUUCUCCCAUUAGAAGCACCCUCAACUAUGUGUGGUCGACCACUGAGAUAUUGGGGCAGGGGGCGACAGGAUUUGUGUUCAAAGGCCGGGAGAAGAAAACUGGGCAGGAAUAUGCCAUCAAGGUAUUCAAUUCUCUCAACUACAUGGCACGCAGUCUUGAAGCACGGAGAAGGGAAUUUGAAGUUUUAAGAAAAGUUGAUCAUAAGAAUGUUGUGAGACUUUUCAGUGUGGAAGAAGAGUUGACAACAAAGCACGAUGUAAUAAUUAUGGAGUUAUGUCCCAACGGUAGUUUGUACUCCAUGCUGGAUGAUCCUGAAAAUCUCUAUGGACUACCCGAGUCGGAAUUCCAUCGUGUAUUGAGCCAUAUAACUGCUGGUAUGAAACACCUUCACGACAAAGGUAUUGUACACAGAGAUCUUAAACCUGGUAAUAUCAUGCGUUCCCUCGAUGACGAUGGCACUGCUGUGUACAAACUUACGGACUUUGGGGCAGCGAGAGAACUGGGAGAUGAUGAGCAGUUCAUGUCGCUCUAUGGAACAGAGGAAUAUUUGCACCCAGACAUAUACGAGAGAGCUGUUCUAAGAAAACAUGCGGGUAAAAUGUUUUCCGCAACUGUUGACCUUUGGAGUUUGGGAGUUACUCUAUACCAUGUUGCUACCGGCAUGCUCCCAUUUCGUCCUUAUGGUGGCGCUAGACGUAACAAAGACGUGAUGUAUAGGAUUACAACAGAAAAACCAAGUGGUGUAAUAUCUGGGGUCCAACAUUCAGAAAGGGGAAGUAUUGAAUGGAGUCGAGAACUGCCCAAGACGUGCCGACUGUCACAUGGCUUUAAGAAAAUUUUCACGGUUGUGCUUUCCGGUAUCCUUGAAUGCAACCCCCACAAAAUUUGGACGUUUGAUCGUUACUUUGCUGAAGUAGAAGACAUCCUGAGCAAAAAAGUAAUCAACGUAUUUAGCGUGCCCAACGCCAUGCUACAUAAGGUUUACAUCAGUCCAGAAAAAACCUUGGUUUCGUUCCAAGAGGCGGUGGCUGAACUGACAGAGGUUCGCUCCAGCAAACAACUUCUUCUGUUGGAUGGGGAACAGUUUGAGAUGGAGCAAUUCGUUCCCGUUAAGAGUUACCCCCAUACAACCCCUGAACACCCUCUUAUCUUGUUCAGUUCUGAUAUCAAUGAUUUCCAAGCGAUAACUAUACCUCACACAUGCAAACCUCCAAAGGUGAAACCUUCGCUCUCACUUGAUAAUGACUCAAGUUUAGCGAAAGUUUGUUCGAGUACGUUGUUUGAUAUUCGAAAGUCAGUCAGUUACCUGCUGCUUGUGCAAAUCCUUAUUCGUCUCAGUGUAAAGUGGUUUGUAUGUUAUUUAAAAUCUCGUGUUGUCAAAUUAAAACUUCUCCGAAGCAAUCUCCAAUGCAAAGUAGAUUGUCUGCGUACUGCACUGGAAAUAUUUGAAGAACAUUACCAGCGAGAGACAUCUUUACUGACAGUGAUCACAAAUUUAGUGACCAGCCCUCCCGAGGUCAAUGAACUUAAGUUAUAUUUCACUCAAAUCACAGAGAAGGCGAAAAUUUUAAGACAGAUCCGCACGGAAUUUGAUCAGCUCAAUGAAUCUACGAAUCAGUUUGAUAAACUGAUCAUCCAAGAAGAGAUCCCAAGCUCCAUCUUCGUGGAUGAGGGAUCGCAAACCAACGACCGCCUCGAAGAGCGGAUGAAAGUUGCUUCUGAAAAAUCGAGAGAGAUUAGCCGACUUUUUAAAACACACAAAAAAAUCAGAAGAUUAUCGCAUAGUGAUGAUCAACUCCAUAAGUUUGAAAAACAACGACUCGCAGAAGUCUGUGAAGCUUCUGUCACUCUUUUCACCGAUAAAAGCGUCCCUGGGUGUAAACGGUUGCACAAAGAAUCGAUUAAUUGGUUCAGUAAUAUGAAUGAGUACCAGAAGAAGUUAUGGAAUUGUGAGACUCGUAUCAUGAGAUUGAGUGACAGGUGUCAAGAACAGGAAGAAUCCAUUCGUACGUUACAACGAGUAUAUCGAGACAAAUUAUCAUUAGUUGAGUCAAUUUUAAAAGAAAAUGCAAAACCUUUAUCAGCAGCAUCGCUACCUGGCCCCAAUCUUAAUGUUGUCCAGCCUAGUAUAGCAGUUCCUUCAUCAUGGCCUAACUCCAUUGACAAUCCCCGGUCUUCCCGGCAAAGGCAAUUGAAACAGCUUCGUCAAGGUUUAAUUGAGGCCAAAAACAGCCUCAAUGAAGUCAGAUGCGAAGUACAAACUGGUUCUGAAAUUUUAAAAAAACUCAGUUCAUUAACAGCAAACCGAAACUGUGCUUCCCCUGAAACACCUUCCAGACCAUGCGUGCCAAUGAGAACUAAUGAUUGAAUUUUUCUGCAAUAAAUACUAAAACUAACUAAAGGGUUCAUUGACACCAAGCACAGCAGAGAAUAAGUGCAAGAUUUUUGGGUUGCAAGGACGCUUGGUGAUCUGAAGCUCUCGUACCUAUAUUUUGCACUUCAUUUUACAUGACUGCAAUUACUGCUACUUUUUAAUUUGAUCAAUUUCAUAUUUCUUUAAUGUCCAAGCAUAGGUGGAGUGCUGUUUGCCUUAUUUGAUCGUCUUAUAAGAGUGAUUUCUUUUCUUUUUUAUUUGCUGAUGUGACUGUUUUCUUCCUUUGUUUUCUGAAUAACAUGCGAGGGCAAAUAAAGUUUGCUGCAGCUCCGUGCCGAUACAUACCCAAGAUUUUUGUAGUUUUUAAUUAUACCAUGUUGAUAUGAUUUGUUGUGCAGUGCAAUCUUAUUUUUUGGGGGGCAUACUUUUUUGACAGUAAAUUGUUAGCUUUCGUUUAUUAAAAAGUACAUUUUGUGUAA